AACAAAAGUUCACAGAAGACGGCGUUCCACGCACUCCAGAAAUGUAGUGGUCGAGAUGGCGGUGUACACCGACAGCAAAUACACAGAACGGUUCCUACCCAAAGACGUGGUCAAGAGAGUAGAAUUGAUGAUCUUGAAAUAUAAUGGGGUACAAAUGGAAUGGUCACGCUCCAGUGAACUGGGUUACAACGUCAAAAUUCAGAUUAAACAUAUCGGCUUUAUGGAUAAAAAUCCGUUGUUUUACAACAUGUCGUCCGUCAUUGGUCAGUCGUUGAGCACUUUCUGUGCUGGGAUGAAAAACAACCCUGUUGCUUAUGAUCUCAUCUUUCUUCACACAGGAAUGAACACGGAUGUCUUAGGAAGAGCAUAUCAGUCCAGUGCCUGCAAUCCAUCGUACCGUUGUGCAGUGGAGAGUUCUAGCUCCAUCUUGGAGUACAAGGCCACUACUCAUGAAAUAGGACAUAGUCUUGGAAUGUACCAUGAUCACUCAAGGGGGUGUACCGGAAAUGAUGUAGGUCUCAUGGGAGGAUAUGGAGCCGGAUGGAGUUCAUGUAGUAUCAAAGAUUUUAAUUCAUUUUUACAAAGCAGCAGUGCUCAAUGUCUAUUCAAAGAAGACGUGACUGUUUCUGAUGGUACCGGAUAUGGGCACUUAACACCGUCCUUAAUAGGCCAGCGAUACAGUCUAGACGAAGUCUGUGAAAAUAUGUAUGGUCCUAACUUCCAUUUCCGGACAUUUCCUUAUCUAGGGAACUGCGAGCAGUACAGCUGUGUAAACUUCAACCCAGGAUGCCUGUUUGGGCAGAUGUUUACCCACUAUGCAGAUAUUCCAGGUUCAUACUGCGGGGCUGGCAAGAUCUGUUUCAAGCGGAAAUGUGUUCCUUUUGCUGAAGCGCGUCAAACACCGGGUGUGGUUAGGCCAGGGGGAUGGGGUCCAUGGACUGCGUGGUACCCCUGCUCUAGGAGUUGUGGGACAGGGCUUACUUACAGGAGGCGGUUUUGUAACAAUCCAAGCCCUCUGAAUCACCCAGACUGUGCCAGAGAUGAUGGCUACGAAGCUCGGACAUGUAACCCACAGCCCUGUCCAUUCGACAAUUCAAACACUAACGCUCUCAUAAAUCAGAGGGCAUCUGAAGCUUGCAAAAGAUUGUCACGGAAUGGUGCGUUCGAUUCCCUGUUAUAUACUUAUGCUGGAAGGGUAUUCAAUCCACAUGCUCAUGGAAAGUGCGAGAUUCUUUGCGCUCCCGUGGCCGGGCACAAAACACCUGCGUUUACCAGAUUUGGUUUGAUGCCACAAGGAACGCCCUGUCCUGGAAUGCUGGAUAAGAUGGACAUCAAUGACUGGCCUCGUAGACAAGGUUACAGCGCCCGGUGUUUAGACGGCUACUGCAAGAAAUUUGGUUGCGAUGGUGUGUUAAAUGGAGGUACUUUUGAUGAAUGUGGUGUCUGUAAUGGAGAUGGAUCAUCAUGUGACGUCGUAAAGGGUACAUUUACGGAGUUAUCUACCAAAGGUUCUAGGAAAGUCAUUACAGAAAUACCAGUCGGAGCCUAUAACAUACAGUUUGAGUUUGGAUAUUAUACAAUGAAGCAGAACUUUCUAGAAAUGUACACCAAAGAUGAUGCUGUCGUUCUGGCUAGUUUUAUUCCAAGCAGCUGGAUAUUUUGGGCAACGGAAAACCCUGUCACCUUCGCUGGCACUUAUUGGUACUAUACAUACUACCAUUCAUAUCUCUACGCAAAAGGGCCAUUAACUGAACCAGCCAUCAUGAAGAUUUUCCAGAGGGGAGAUUUUGAUAAUACGGGAAUUCACUUUGUCUAUUCUCUUCCAAAGUCUGUGAAGAAUUGUCAAGGGCAGUGCUCUAAUGGAGGAACGUUUAAUACAAAACUGUGUGCUUGUAAUUGCGCCAGUGGAUUCUAUGGAAUUGACUGCAGCAGUCGAUGCAACACCUUCUGCUACAAUGGCGCAACAGUGGAUCAGUCCAACUGCGCAUGUCAGUGCAAUGACAAUCAGGCCGGAAGUCUUUGUAAAUGUGCGCCAGGGUACACUGGAAAAAAUUGCACAAUACAUACCUAAAUGUUCCUUGUGUGUGCAAUAUCAAUAAACUAAAUU